ACGGCGGCUCCUCCCGCAAACACUCGGCGGUGCGGGCGGGAUGGAGGCGGCGGAGCCCGGCGGGGAGCGCGGGGUCGCGGGGCCGGAGCCCUUGGAACCCUCGGAGGACCCCGGUGCGGGGGGGCCGCAGCCCUUGGAGCCCCUGGAGCCCGUGUGCGAGCGGCUGUGGCGGGGCGCGGUGCGGGCGCUGGCGGUGCGGGCCGAGCGCGGCGCGGGGGCGGCGCGGGCGCUGCGCGGGUUCGUGCGGGGCGCGGCGGGGCCGGCGCUGCUCGCCUGGCGCGGCCCCGGAGGGGAGCUGGGGCUGCGCCCCGGGCCGCCCCCGCCGCCCCCCGCCGCCAGCAAGGCCGUCUUCUUCCUCCGCCCGCCCGGCGCCGGCCCCGCGGAGCUGCUCUGUGGGGACCUGCCCGCCGACCCCCUGGCGCACUUCGCCGCCCUCCUGGAGGAGGUGAUUGUGCCCAUCCUGACCAACCGGAAGAACCACCAGGGCUGGCCACGAGUGGUGUCACAGGACAUCAUCCGUCAUGUCCACAACCUAAAAAAAACUGUUUUCAUGGUUGUUGGCCAAGUAAAGGGCAGGACCUUGCUGCCUCUUCCAGCUGGCUCGGAGGGAAUUGAGGACAUUGAUCCAGAAAACGAGAGAUUCCUGGAGCUGAUUGAUAAAUCCCUCAUCCAUGGCACCGAGUCAGCCAUCAUUGACUGGAGCCACCAGAUCCAGAGAGCCCUGAAGAAAGAGUCCUCAGAGCCUCUCCUGCAAGGCAGCAACCCGAACCCGAAGGUGGAACUGGAAUUCUGGAAGAACAGGUGUGAUGAGCUGGAAUGCAUUUAUGACCAGCUGAAAUCCAGGAAGGUCAGGAACAUGAUGGAGGUGCUGGAGAGAGUGAAGAGCAUCUAUGUCCCAGCCUUCAAAACCAUGCUCAGGGAUGUUGAGGCAGCUCUGGCCGAAGCUCAGGACAUCCACCUGCACCUGACACCCCUCCAGGGCCCCUUGGAGGACAUAGAGGCUGUUGAGUUCAGCAAGGUGAAGCCUUUCCUGGUCCCUCUGCUCCACAUGGUGUGUUGGAUCUGGGUCACUUCCAAGCACUACAGCGUGGCUGUGAGGAUCAUAGUUCUGCUCCAGGAAAUCUGCAACCUGCUCAUCCAGCAGGCCGUGGUGUACCUGUCUCCAGAAGACCUUCUGAAAGGAGAGAUGGAAGAGAGCCUGGGCAAGGUGCAAACAGUGCUUGACAUCCUGAAUGGCUUCAAAGAGGUGUUUGAGGAGAGGCGGGAAAAUCUGCACAUGUAUUAUGAGCCAGGCCAGGAAGUGAGGAAGUGGGACUUCCACUCCUGGAUGGUGUUUGCAAGGCUGGACAGCUUCCUGGAGAGGCUGGAGGUGGUGAAGGGUCUCCUGACCACGGCCUUGGACCUGACAAAGCUGGAGAAGAUGGAGUUCAGCGGGAUUAGAGGGAGGGCCCUGGGCCAGCAGGUGCUGGACAUGUAUGAGGAGUUCCAGGAGGCCUACAAGGUGUUUGCAGAGCGAAGCUACGACUGCCUCAACCUGGCCAACACGGAGUUUGAGCAGGAUGCCUUGGGUUUCCAGCAGAAAGUAGAAGACAUCGACCAUCGGCUGGGCACUGUGUUCACCCAGGCCUUCGAUGACACCCUGGACCUGGAGCACAUCUUCAAGUUGCUGACCAUGUUCCAGAGCCUUUUGGAGCGUCCGGUGAUCGCUGCAGUUGCUGCUGACAAAUGGCCUCUUCUCAUCAGCAUGUUCAGCACUGCCCUGGACCAGACCAGGCUCAUCUACUCCAGGCACACCCAGGCAGGGCUCGAGCUCGGGUCUCCCCCCCUGCACAAGAACAUGCCCCCCGUGGCUGGAGCGCUGGGCUGGGCUCGGGAGCUGCGAGCGCGGAUCCAGAGGCCUUUUGAUCACCUCAGUCAAAUCCCACACCUGAGCUUGGAGUCUGCCCAAGGAAGGAGGGUGGUACAGAAGUAUGAGGAAAUGAUCCAGCUGCUUGACAGGUAUCAGGAAAAACUGUAUUUAGACUGGUCCCAGACAGUCUCAGAAAAAUCCCAGUACAACCUGACUCAGCCGCUCAUCCGGCGAGACCCAGAAACCAAACUGAUCACUGUCAACUUUGAUCCCCAGCUGGUGUCGGUGCUCAGGGAGGUGAGUUACCUGUCAGGCAGCCGGGCAGGAGCCAUCCCACCCAUGGCAGCAGGAAUCUACUCCUCCAGGGAGUCCUACCGGCAGCUGGUGGCCAACCUGGAGCUGAUGGGGAACAGAUACAACAAGGUCCUGAGAACAGUGCUGGAGGUGGAAUAUCCCCUGGUGCAGGGGCAGCUGCAGGAUGUCGAUGUGAAGCUGAAAGAGGCAGAAGAAACCCUGACCUGGAAGAUGGAGGGUGUGUGGGAUCACAUCUCUGGGGUCAUGGAAGGUGUCCAUGACCUCGAGCAGAGGCUGCAGAAAGCCAAGGACAAUGUUGAGUUGAUCCAGAGCAUUGUGGGCUCGUGGGCAUCUCCCAUCCUGGAGAGGAAGGAUGGUAAAAGGGACUCAGUGCUGAGCCUGGAGGACUGUCAGAAUCACCUGGAAAAGCGCUACAGCCUUGUCAGAGAGGCCGGGCAGAGGAUCCACUCCCUGCUGAAGGAAAACCAGAGCCUCUUACUUGCAGACCCAGCAUCUGACUCCUGGAAGGCCUAUGUGGAUUAUGUGGAUGAGAUAGUCCUGGAUGGAUUCUUCACUGCCACUGAAUGCUCGCUCAAGUACCUCCUGGAGAACACAGAUCCCAAGGCAGGGCUUGCUCCCCUGUUUGAAGUGCAGCUGGAUUUGGUGAUCCCAGAUUUGGUAUUUCACCCAUCCCUGGACCCUGGCACACAUGAUGGCUUCUCUGACAUGGUGGAAAGUCUCCUGAACAGCAUCUACCACAUCUCCUCGUUGGUGCCCCGGCUGGCCACACACAGCGGCUUCCCCCACUACCAGGCAGACCUGGAGGACAUGUCUGACCUGGCUGAGCUGCGCCAGGAGCUGCUGUGCCGUGUCCAGGCCGUGGUGUCCUCGUGCUGUGAGUUCCGGGGUUCCCUGGGGCGUUAUUCCCACGUGUACGGGGAGGACCGGCGGGAGCUGAGCCGGCAGUUCCUGUUCUACGGGCGCGUCCUCACGGCCGCAGAGCUCGAGGCCCAGGACAUGGUCCCUGAGGCACCGCCCACGCUGCAGCAGUUCAGGGAGCACAUCGACUCCUACGAGAGGCUCUACGAGGAGGUGACUCACAUGGAGCCCCUCAGCACCUUCCAGGGCUGGGUGAGGGUUGAUGCUCGACCUUUCAAGGCAGCCUUACUGAAUGAGAUUAAAAGGUGGAGCUUGGUGUUCAAGCAGCAUCUCCUGGAGCACGUCACACACAGCUUGGCUGACCUUGAGGAGUUCAUCCAAACUGCUGAGAAAGGGCUGAGCAGGAAGGUCGAGAAGGGGGAUUACAAUGGCCUCGUGGAGGUCAUGGGACACCUCCUGGCCGUGAAGGAGCGACAGGGUGCCACCGAUGCCAUGUUUGAGCCCCUGAGGGAAACCAUUGACCUGCUGAGGGCCUACGAGCAGCAGGUGCCAGGGGAAGUCCACCAGCAACUGGAGGAGCUGCCAGAGAAGUGGAACCAUGUCAAGAAGCUGGCCCUGGCUGUGAGGCAGCACGUGGCUCCUCUCCAGGCCAACGAGAUGACCGCCCUGCGCCAGAGCUGCGCCGCCUUUGACGCCCAACAGCUCCACUUCAGGGAGAGGUUUGGGAGAGAAGCUCCCUUCAGGUUUGACACCGAAAAGCCUUAUCAACUGCUGGAUGCAAAGCACGUGGAGAUUAAACAGAUGGAGUCAGCCAUGACCUCAAUUUCUGAAUCAGCUGGUCUGUUUGAAGUCAUGGUGCCAGAAUAUAAACAACUGAAGCAGUGCAGGAAGGAGCUGUGUCUUCUCAAAGAGCUCUGGGAUAUGAUCUCCCUGGUGAACACCAGCCUCAGUGACUGGCAGACCACCAAAUGGGUGGAUAUUAAUGUGGAAAACAUGGAUCUGGAGUGUAAAAAGUUUGCAAGAGAGAUUCGGAAUCUGGAUAAAGAAAUGAGGGCAUGGGAUGCUUUCACUGGACUGGACAGCAAGGUGAAGAACAUGCUGACGGCCCUGAAGGCGGUGGCAGAACUUCAAAACCCUGCCAUCAGAGAAAGGCACUGGAACCAGCUGAUGCAGGUGACGGGUGUGAGGUUUGUGAUGGACUCAGACACCACGCUGGCUGACCUCCUCAGGCUCAACCUGCAUAAAUUUGAGGGUGAGGUCCAUGGAAUUGUGGACAAAGCAGUGCGAGAAAUGAGCAUGGAGAAAGUGUUGAAGGAGCUGAGAGCGACUUGGAGCACCAGGGAGUUCCAGUACGAGCCUCACUCCCGCACCAGCAUCCCCUUGCUGAAGUCAGAUGAGGAGCUCAUUGAAACUUUGGAAGACAACCAGGUGCAGCUGCAGAAUUUGAUGUCAUCCAAAUAUAUUGCUUUCUUCCUGGAGGAGGUGUCUGCCUGGCAGAGGCAACUCUCCACUGCCGACUCUGUCCUUUCCCUCUGGUUCGAGGUGCAGCGCACGUGGUGUCACCUGGAGGGCAUCUUCAUAGGCUCAGAGGAUAUCCGGGCACAGCUGCCCCAGGACUCCAAGUGCUUUGAAGGGAUUGAUGUGGAUUUUAAAGAACUGGCCUAUGAAGUUCAGAAAACCCCAAAUGUAGUUGAGGCCACCAAUAAACCAGGUCUGUCCCAACAGCUGGAGGACAUUCAGAGGAGGUUGUCUCUGUGUGAGAAGGCUUUGGCUGAAUAUCUGGACAUGAAGAGGUUGGCCUUUCCCAGAUUUUACUUCAUUUCUUCCACAGAUUUAUUGGAUAUUCUUUCCAACGGCACUAACCCACACAUGGUGCAACGUCAUCUUUCCAAACUUUUUGACAGCUUGGCCAAGGUGAAAUUCCAAGUGGACUCUGAGCAAAAGGUAAUGAAGGUUGGCCUGGGAAUGUACAGCAGAGAGGAGGAAUAUGUCCCCUUCAGUGAACCCUGUGACUGCAGUGGGCAGGUCGAGGUGUGGCUCAAUCACCUGCUGGACACCAUGAGGGCCACGGUGAGGGACGAGAUGACGGCGGCUGUCACGGCCUACGAGGAGAAGCCGAGGGAGCAAUGGCUCUUUGACUACCCUGCCCAGGUGGCUCUCUCCUGCACCCAGAUCUGGUGGACAACCGAGGUGGGGAUUGCCUUUGCCAGGAUGAAGGAAGGCUAUGAGAAGGCCAUGAAGGAGUACCACAAGAAGCAGGUGGCCCAGCUGAACAGCCUGGUGACCAUGCUGCUGGGGCAGCUCUCCAAGGGUGACAGGCAGAAGAUCAUGACCAUCUGCACCAUCGACGUGCACGCACGGGAUGUGGUGGCAAAGAUGAUUGCGCAGAAGGUGGACAAUGCCCAGGCAUUCAUGUGGCUGUCGCAGCUCCGGCACCGCUGGUCAGACGAGGAGCAGCACUGCUUUGCCAACAUCUGUGAUGCCCAGUUCCUGUACUCCUAUGAGUACCUUGGCAACACCCCUCGGCUCGUGAUCACCCCCCUGACCGACAGGUGUUACAUCACCCUGACCCAGGCCCUGCACCUGACCAUGAGCGGAGCCCCCGCGGGCCCUGCGGGCACCGGCAAGACGGAGACAACCAAGGAUUUGGGCCGAGCCCUGGGCAUGAUGGUGUACGUGUUCAACUGCUCCGAGCAGAUGGACCACCAGUCUUGUGGGAAUAUUUACAAAGGCCUUGCCCAGACGGGAGCUUGGGGCUGUUUUGAUGAAUUUAACAGGAUCUCAGUUGAGGUGCUUUCGGUGGUUGCUGUCCAGGUGAAGAGUGUGCAGGAUGCCAUACGGGAGAAGAAGAAAUCCUUCAAUUUCCUUGGAGAAGACAUUAACUUGGUCCCCUCAGUAGGCAUUUUCAUCACCAUGAACCCUGGUUAUGCAGGACGAACUGAACUACCUGAGAAUUUGAAAGCUCUAUUCAGGCCCUGUGCCAUGGUUGUGCCAGACUUUGAGCUGAUCUGUGAGAUUAUGUUGGUGGCCGAGGGGUUCAUCGAGGCCCGGGUGUUGGCCAGGAAAUUCAUCACUCUCUACCAGCUCUGCAAAGAGCUCCUGUCCAAGCAGGAUCACUAUGACUGGGGUCUCCGUGCCAUCAAGUCCGUGCUGGUGGUCGCCGGGUCCCUCAAACGCGCCGACCCCGAGCGCCCCGAGGAGCAGGUUCUGAUGCGCUCCCUGCGUGACUUCAACACCCCCAAGAUCGUGACAGACGAUGUGCCCGUGUUCAUGGGACUCAUUGGGGAUCUGUUCCCUGCCCUGGGUGUGCCUCGGAAGCGUGACCUGGAUUUCGAGGCGUUGGUGAGACAGGCUGUGCUGGAGCUGCGGCUGCAGCCUGAGGACAACUUUGUGCUCAAAGUGGUGCAGCUGGAGGAGCUGCUGAUGGUCCGACACUCCGUGUUCGUGGUGGGAAACGCAGGCACGGGCAAGUCCCAGGUGAUGAGAUCCCUGCACAGAACCCACCAGAUAAUGAAGAGACGUCCUGUGUGGACAGACCUCAACCCCAAGGCAGUCACCAACGAUGAGCUUUUUGGCAUCAUUAACCCAGCAACAAGAGAGUGGAAAGAUGGACUGUUCUCAUCAAUCAUGCGAGAGCUGGCCAACCUCACACAUGAUGGUCCCAAGUGGAUGGUACUGGAUGGAGAUAUUGAUCCAAUGUGGAUUGAAUCUCUUAAUACUGUGAUGGAUGACAAUAAGGUGCUGACCCUGGCCAGCAAUGAGAGGAUCCCUCUGAACCCGACGAUGAGGUUGCUCUUUGAGAUCAGCCACCUGCGCUCGGCCACCCCGGCCACCGUGUCCAGGGCGGGGAUCCUGUACAUCAACCCAUCAGACCUGGGCUGGAAUCCCCCGGUGAGCAGCUGGAUUGACCGGCGAGAGAUCGAGUCUGAGAGAGCCAACCUGACCAUCCUGUUUGACAAGUACCUGCCAGUCUGCCUGGACACCCUCAGGACAAGAUUUAAGAAGAUUAUUCCCAUUCCUGAGCAGAGCAUGGUUCAGAUGCUGUGUUACCUCCUGGAAUGCCUCCUGACUGAGGAGAACACACCUUCUGACUGUCCCAAGGAGCUCUAUGAGCUUUACUUUGUCUUUGCUGCUGUCUGGGCCUUUGGUGGAUCCAUGUUUCAGGACCAGCUUGUGGACUACAGAGUGGAGUUCAGCAAGUGGUGGGUGGCAGAAUUCAAGACAAUCAAGUUUCCCUCUCAGGGCACAGUCUUUGACUUUUACAUUGAUCCAGAAACAAAGAAGUUUGAGCCUUGGUCUAAACUUAUUCCCCAGUUUGAAUUUGAUCCAGAGGUGCCAUUACAGGCUUGCCUGGUGCCCACCCCUGAGACAGUGCGUGUGCGGUACCUCCUGGACAGGCUCCUGGAGCGCCGGCGCCCCGUGAUGCUGGUGGGCAGUGCGGGCACAGGGAAGUCUGUGCUGGUGGGGGACAAACUCUCCUCUCUGGACACAGACACAUAUGUGGUGAAGAAGGUCCCGUUUAACUACUACACCACCUCUGCCAUGCUGCAAGGUGUGCUGGAGAAGCCUCUGGACAAGAAGGCUGGCAGGACCUACGGCCCCCCGGGCACCAAGAGGCUCGUGUACUUCAUCGACGACCUCAACAUGCCCCAGGUGGACACGUAUGGGACAGUGCAGCCCCACACCCUGCUCAGGCAGCACCUGGACUAUGGACACUGGUAUGACCGGACCAGGCUGUCCCUGAAGGAGAUCACCAAUGUGCAGUACGUGUCCUGCAUGAACCCCACUGCAGGGAGCUUCACCAUCAACCCCAGGCUCCAGCGUCACUUCUGUGUCUUUGCUCUGUCCAACCCUGACCAGGAUGCCUUGACCAGGAUCUACAGCACCAUUUUAGUGCAGCAUCUGACCACUGGGAAUUUCUCAGAGGCUGUGCAAAAAUCAGCCCAGCAGCUGAUUGCCCUCGCCCUGGGGCUGCACAGGAGGGUGGCUGCCACCUUCCUGCCAACAGCUGUCAAGUUCCACUACGUUUUCAAUCUGAGAGACUUCUCCAACAUCUUCCAAGGCCUCCUGUUCUCUACCCCUGGAUGUCUGAAGGAACCCCAGGACCUGGUGAAGCUCUACCUGCACGAGUCCAACCGGGUGUACCGGGAUAAGAUGGUUGAAGCAAAUGAUUAUGGUACCUUUGAUAAAAUCCAGAGGGAGAUGGUGAAGAAAUUCUAUGAUGACAUGGAAGAAACUUUAGAGCAGACCAAGCACAUGAAUAUUUUUUGCCAUUUUGCUAAAGGCACUGGGGAACCUGGGUACAGGCCAAUCCCAACCUGGGAGGAGCUGAACCAGAUCCUCAUGGAAGCCUUGGAUAACUACAAUGAAGUCAACGCUGCCAUGAACCUGGUGCUGUUUGAGGAUGCCAUGUGCCAUGUCUGCCGCAUCAACCGCAUCCUGGAGGCCCCCCGAGGGAACGCGCUCCUGGUGGGUGUGGGAGGCAGUGGGAAGCAGAGCCUGACCCGGCUGGCAGCAUUCCUGAGCUCCCUGGAGGUCUUCCAGAUCACCCUGAGGAAGGGGUAUGGCAUCCCUGACCUGAAGGCAGACCUGGCAAACCUGUACCUGAAGGCUGGUGUGAAGAACACGGGCACUGUGUUCCUGCUGACGGACGUGCAGGUGGCGGACGAGCAGUUCCUGGUGCUGGUCAAUGACUUCUUGGCAUCAGGGGAAAUACCAGAUCUCUUCCCUGAUGAGGAAGUUGAGAACAUCAUCAGCAGCGUGAGGAAUGAAGUCAAAGGCCAGGGGUUGGUGGGCUCCAGGGAGACCUGCUGGAGGUUUUUUACAGAGAGGGCUCGGCGGCAGCUCAAGGUUGCUCUGUGUUUUUCCCCCGUCGGCUCCAAACUGCGGCUCCGCAGCAGGAGGUUCCCGGCCCUCGUCAGCUGCACCACCAUCGACUGGUUCCAGGAGUGGCCACGGGAGGCCCUGGAGUCCGUCAGCCUCUGCUUCCUGAGAGACAUGGGGGCUGUGGAGGAUUCAGUGAAAGAUUCAAUAAGCAAAUUCAUGGCCCAUGUCCACGUCAGUGUCAAUGAGAUGUCCCAGCUGUACCUGAGCAACGAGCGCCGCUACAACUACACCACCCCAAAGUCCUUCCUGGAGCAAAUCAAACUCUACCAGAACCUGCUGCUGAAAAAGGACGAGGAUUUAAAGGCAAAAACGGAGCGACUGGAGAACGGCCUGGAGAAGCUCAACAGCACCUCUGCACAGGUGGAUGAGCUGAAGGCCAAGCUGGCAGCCCAGGAGGUGGAGCUGAAGCAGAAGAGUGAGGAUGCUGACAAGCUGAUCCAGGUGGUGGGGGUGGAGACGGAGAAGGUGAGCAGGAAAAAGGCCGUGGCGGACGAGGAGGAGAGGAAGGUGGCACUGAUCACCCAGGAGGUGGAGCAGAAGCAGAAGGACUGUGAGGAGGAUCUGGCCAAGGCUGAGCCUGCCCUGGCAGCUGCCCAGGCUGCUCUCAACACCCUCAACAAGACCAACCUGACAGAGCUGAGAUCCUUUGGGUCACCCCCUUCUGCCGUCAGCAACGUCACUGCGGCCGUGAUGGUGCUGACGGCCCCGGGAGGGAAGAUCCCCAAGGACAGGAGCUGGAAAGCAGCCAGAGUGGCCAUGGCCAGGGUGGAUGGCUUCCUGGACUCCCUGAUCAAGUUCAACAAGGAGAACAUCCACGAGAACUGCCUCAAAGCCCUCCAGCCUUAUUUACAAGACCCCAAGUUCAACCCCGAGUUCGUGGCCACCAAGUCGGCGGCGGCGGCCGGGCUGUGCUCCUGGGUGGUGAACAUCGUGCGCUUCCACGGCGUGUUCUGUGAGGUGCAGCCCAAGAGGCAGGCCCUGAGCAGGGCCAACACCGAGCUGGCAGCAGCCCAGGACAAGCUGGGCACCAUCAAGGCCAAAAUUGCUCGCCUUGACCAGAACCUGGGCAGGCUCAGGGCCCAGUUUGAGGAAGCCACUUCAGACAAGCUCAAGUGUCAGCAAGAGGCUGCAGCGACAGCGAGAACCAUCGCCCUGGCCAACCGGCUGGUUGGGGGCCUGGCCUCUGAGAACGUGAGAUGGGCUGAGGCUGUGAAGGCCUUCAAAGAGCAGCAGAGCACCUUGUGUGGGGAUGUCCUGCUGAUCACGGCCUUCGUGUCCUACCUGGGCUACUUCACCAGGAAAUACCGCCAGGACCUCCUGGAGGGUGUCUGGAAACUAUAUCUGCACCAGCUCAAAGUGCCCAUCCCUGUGAGCCCGUGCCUGGACCCCCUGGCCAUGCUGGCGGACGAGGCGGCCGUGGCGGGCUGGCACAACGAGGGGCUCCCGGCCGACCGCACCUCUGCCGAGAACGCCACCAUCCUGAGCACCUGCGAGCGCUGGCCCCUCCUGGUGGACCCCCAGCUCCAGGGCAUCCAAUGGAUCAAAGCAAGAUAUGGCUCAGGGCUCCGAGUGCUCCGGGUUGGGAACAAGGGGUACCUGGACACGCUGGAACAAGCUCUGGCUGCAGGAGAACUGGUUUUGAUUGAAAACCUGGAGGAAUCUGUGGAUCCAGUAUUGGGACCAUUACUGGGGCGAGAAACAAUCAAGAAAGGCAGGUACAUCAAGAUUGGGGACAAAGAGUGUGAGUUCAGCCCUGCUUUCCGCCUCAUCCUGCACACGAAGCUGGCAAACCCUCACUUCCCACCCGAGCUGCAGGCCCAGUGCACCCUCAUCAACUUCACCGUCACCAGGGACGGGCUGGAGGAGCAGCUGCUGGCAGCCGUGGUCAGCAGGGAGAGGCCUGACCUGGAGGAGCUCAAGUCAGAUCUCACAAAGCAGCAGAAUGGAUUCAAGAUCACCUUGAAAACAUUAGAGGACAACUUGCUCUCUCGGCUGUCAUCAGCAUCUGGGAAUUUCCUGGGAGACACAGCCUUGGUGGAGAACUUGGAGAUCACUAAACAGACAGCUGCAGAAAUCGAGGAGAAGGUGCAGGACUUCAAGGUGACGGAAGCCAAGAUUAACGAGGCCAGGGAGCACUACAGACCUGCGGCCGCGAGGGCCUCCCUGCUCUACUUCACCAUGAACGAGCUCCACAACAUCCACCCCAUGUACCAGUUCUCCCUGAAGGCAUUCCAGAAGGUGUUCCAGAGAGCCAUGGAGAGGGCGGCUCCCGCCGAGGGGCUCACGGAGCGCGUGAGGAGCCUCAGCGACAGCAUCACCUUCUGCGUGUGCCAGUGCACGGCCCGGGGGCUGUUCGAGGGGGACAGGCUGACCUACACUGCCCAGCUCACCUUCCAGAUACUCCUGAUGAAUAAAGAAAUCAACCCAGCAGAGCUGGAUUUCCUGCUGAGAUACCCAGCACAGCCUGGAGUCAUGAGCCCUGUGGAGUUCCUGUCUGACCAUUCCUGGGGAGGAAUCAAGGCUCUCUCAUCCAUGGAGGAAUUCAGAAACCUGGAUCGGGAUAUUGAAGGGUCUGCAAAAAGGUGGAAGAAAUUUAUUGAAUCUGAGUGUCCUGAGAGGGAGAAGUUCCCCCAGGAGUGGAAGAACAAGUCGUCGCUGCAGCGCCUGUGCAUCCUGAGGGCCCUGCGGCCCGACCGCGUCACCUGCGCCCUCAGAGAUUUUGUAGAAGAAAAGCUGGGCAGUAAAUAUGUGGCUGGGAGAUCCCUGGAUUUUGCAACAACCUUUGAGGAAUCAGGACCUGCAACCCCAAUGUUUUUUAUCCUGUCCCCAGGAGUGGACCCACUGAAGGAUGUGGAGAAACAUGGGAAGAAACUUGGCUUUACAUUCAACAACAGGAACCUCCACAAUGUGUCCCUUGGACAAGGCCAAGAGGUGGUUGCUGAACAAGCUUUGGAUCUGGCUGCAAAGGAGGGGCACUGGGUCAUCCUUCAGAACAUCCACCUGGUGGCCAAGUGGCUGAGUUCCCUGGAGAAGAAGCUGGAGCAGCACAGCGAAGGCAGCCACCAGGACUUCCGUGUCUUCAUCAGCGCAGAGCCAGCACCUUCCCCCGAGAGCCACAUCAUUCCCCAGGGCAUCCUGGAGAACUCCAUCAAAAUCACCAACGAGGCCCCCACUGGGAUGCAGGCAAACCUGCAUGGAGCCCUCGACAACUUCAGCCAGGACACCCUGGAGAUGUGCAGCCAUGAGAAGGAGUUCAGGAGCAUCCUGUUUGCCCUGUGCUAUUUCCAUGCCGUGGUGGCCGAGCGGCGCAGGUUCGGCGCCCAGGGCUGGAACCGCCCGUACCCCUUCAGCAGCGGGGACCUGACCAUCUCUGUGACUGUGCUGCACAACUACCUGCAGGCCAGCUCCAAGGUGCCCUAUGACGACCUGCGCUACCUUGUGGGUGAGAUCAUGUAUGGGGGUCACAUCACAGAUGACUGGGACAGGAGGCUUUGCAAAACCUAUUUGGAAGAAUUUAUUAAGCCAGAAAUGCUGGAGGGAGAACUUCUCCUUGCUCCAGGAUUCCCCCUCCCAGGGAACAUGGACUACAAUGGCUAUCACCAGUACAUAGAUGAAGCCCUGCCUCCAGAGUCUCCCUACCUGUAUGGGCUCCAUCCCAAUGCUGAGCUUGGCUUCCUCACUCAGAGCUCGGAGCAGCUCCUGCACACGCUGUUGGAGCUGCAGCCCCGGGACAGCAGCACUGGAGAAGGAGGAGUGGGGACCAGGGAGGAAACGGUGAAAGACCUUCUGGAAGAGAUGUUGCAGAAGCUGGGCGAUGAGUUUAACAUGGCAGAGCUGGUGGCCAGGGUGGAGCAGAGGACGCCCUACGCCGUGGUUGCCCUGCAGGAGUGUGAGCGCAUGAACGUCCUCACCGGGGAGAUCAAGCGCUCGCUGCUGGAGCUGGAGCUGGGCCUGAAGGGAGAGCUGACCAUGACCAGUGACAUGGAGAGCCUGCAGAAUGCCCUCUUCUUGGACAUGGUGCCCGAGUCCUGGGGAAGGAAGUCCUACCCUUCCACAGCCAGCCUGGGCACGUGGUUCACUGACCUCCUCGCUCGCAUCAACGAGCUGGACACCUGGACUGGAGACUUCUCCCUGCCCUGCACGGUGUGGCUUGGUGGGUUCUUCAACCCCCAGUCCAUCCUGACAGCCAUCAUGCAGACCACGGCCAGGAAGAACAAGUGGCCUUUGGACAGGAUGGCCCUGCAGUGUGAUGUGACAAAGAAGAGCAGAGAGGAUUUUGCCAGCCCCCCUCGGGAAGGGGCCUAUAUCCAUGGCCUGUUCAUGGAAGGAGCACGCUGGGAUGCACAGGCCGGGCUGAUCACCGAUGCCAGGCUCAAGGAGCUCACCCCAGCCAUGCCUGUCCUGUUCAUCAGGGCCAUCCCUGCUGACAAACAGGACACCAGGGCCAUGUACCCAUGUCCUCUGUACAAAACACGCCAGAGAGGCCCAACUUACGUGUGGACUUUCAACCUUAAAACCAAGGACAACCCUGCCAAGUGGGUGCUGGCUGGUGUGGCCCUGCUGCUGCAGGUCUAGGGGCACCCCCACACCUCCCAUUUGCAAAUCCCAACAUUGCCUUCCUCAGGCAAUUUAAACAAUUAAAUGCUGAGGUUUAGCCCAAGCUCCAUCUCUCCAAUGGACUCAGUCCCCAGGACUCUCUCUCAGCACUGGAGACAUGGCCAUAACAGAGCCUGUGAGAGGUGACAGAGGUGCAGAGGGACACAUGGACCAGGCUCAUGGCUGCUGUAAACCCAGAUCCUGUAAUUCCUACCCUGCUGCACUGGAGCACCGGAGGAUCCCAGCCUGCAGCCUGAAAAUCCACACUCAGAGGCGUGAAAUAUCUUAAUCUAAAUCUAGUUUUUAUUUCUAUUUUAUAUUCCAAAUUUUAAAAUCAGUGGACUUUUCCAAAACACUCAGAUAGUCCAGUGACUUGUGAAAUUCUCCAGACCUUGUUUUUUUCUCUGUGUUUCUUUCCCAUGUGUGUGAUGUUGAAAGCUGGGAGGUGAGCAGAUGUUGUGGUUAUAAACUGUUUCUUGCUAACUUUCUAAAUUUUAGAAACACUGAAAAUAGUGGUAAUAUCCAAUGUGCUUAAUGGAAUCAACUGUAAAAGUAGAGCACAGGCGUUAUUUAAGAGAAUUUUUCAUGGUCAUAGAGACUUACUAGGUCUGGCUGAGCUGGAGCUCAUUUCCCCACAGCAGCCUUCCCAGUGCUGUGCUGUGCACUGGUAGCCAGAAGGGGGUUGGUAACACACCAGUGUUUUGGCUGCUGCUGAGCACAGCACCAGCACUGUAACAUUCCCUCCUCAAUGAAAGGAAGAUCUUGGGAAGGGACACAGCCGGGCCAGCUGAUCCAGACUGAGCAAAGGGAUAUUCCAGACCAUAUGAUGUCAGCUCAGAUAUAAAAGCUGAGGCAAGGAGCAGGAAGGGGGGCAUUCAUUGUGUCCAAUGGCUGAGGAAUCAUCAUGUGUACCCAAGCCCUGCUUCUGGGGAGAGGCUGCCCAUCUCUGCUCAUGGGAAGUAGAGAAUAAACCCUGUUAUCUUUCGCUUUUACACGCGCAAGCUUCUGCUUUACUUUUGGCUUUAAAUAAACUGCCUUAUCCCAACCCAUGAGUUGGUUUUUUUUCCACCUUACUCUCUCCCCUGUCCCGCUGGGAAGGGGAGUGAUAGAGUAGCUGGGUGGGCUCCAGGUGUUCAGCCAAGGUGAACCCUCCACAGUCCUUUCUGGUGCCCAACGUGGGAUGAGAUAAAGGCAGUUUUAUAUAUAUAUAUGUACAUAUAUAUAUGUAUAUAUACAUAU